ACUACUCGAUGGGCAUAUAUAUCAUACAGCAAUACACAAUUGUAGUGCUAACGUACACACACUUGCGCAUCACCGGCCGGGCAGAUACCUUUCCUGUCUCGUAGUCAAGCCAAGGCUUAUUCAGGACAGCUGCGCCUCCUGGCUGUUGCACAAGCUGGUUUUUUUGGCGCCACCUCCCGUGAUACCGGAAUGCAGAGGCAGCUGAGCGUCUCGGCGAUGCCCAAGCUCGCGGUGGAGGAAGGGGACGACGACGACGACGUGGAGGCGAAGCCCGAGAAGGCGCCAGCCCCGCGGUCGUCCGGGAAGGCGCGCUCCGUGCACCUCAUCCCGCUGCUCACCGUGCUGUGCUUCCUCCUCCUCUUCCUAUGCUCCCACGACCCCUCUCCUUCUGAAAUGUCGAGCUUUGGAAAGAAGGUUGGGAAGUCCAGGUUGCUCUGAUGAUCCUGUGAAGAACUGAAUAAGUGACGCACCAGAAAACAAUUAUGAUAUAUUUUUUCGGAUUUACUACAUUUCAAUCGACUGAAAUUUGAGCUUUGUUUCACUAAACGCGAUGUCCAUCCGAGCAUCCGAUCGUGUAUCUGUCUUUUGAUCUGU